UGCGCAGCCCGCGCCCGCCGCCGCCGCCGCCCCGCGCCCUCGCAGCGGCCUGGCGCCGACGGUUGUUAGCAACCGAAGACAUUGCAUUUUGAAAUAUGAUUAAUCUCCUGAUGCAGCAUCAGAGGCUAACAAGAUUAAUGGCCAGAUCUAGUGUUCACAUGGUCUUCUGAAGAAGCCAUGGGUAGCUGCUGUAGCUGUCCAGAUAAAGACACUGUCCCAGAUAACCAUCGGAACAAGUUUAAGGUCAUUAAUGUGGAUGAUGAUGGGAAUGAGCUAGGCUCUGGCAUCAUGGAGCUUACAGAUACGGAACUCAUUCUGUACACCCGAAAGCGUGACUCAGUGAAAUGGCACUACCUCUGCCUACGGCGAUAUGGCUAUGACUCCAAUCUCUUUUCUUUUGAAAGCGGUCGAAGGUGUCAGACUGGACAAGGAAUCUUUGCUUUUAAGUGUGCCCGUGCAGAGGAACUGUUUAACAUGUUGCAAGAGAUCAUGCAAAAUAACAGCAUAAGUGUCGUAGAGGAGCCGGUUGUGGAAAGGGACACCCACACAGAGCCGGAGGCCCCGAGGACACCACGGACACCCACAACUCCGGGAUUUGCUGCUCAGAACUUACCUAAUGGAUAUCCCCGCUACCCCUCAUUUGGAGACGCCUCAUCCCACCCCUCCAGCCGGCACCCUUCUGUGGGAAGUGCCCGCUUGCCCUCGGUCGGUGAAGAGUCUACACAUCCUUUGCUUGUGGCUGAAGAACAAGUACAUACUUAUGUUAACACUACAGGCGUGCAAGAAGAGCGAAAAAACCGUGCGAGUGUCCAUGUCCCCUCCCCAGAGGCUAGAGUGUGUAAUACUGAAAGCAACACACCGAAAGAAGAGCCAAGUAAUACUGAGGACAGGGACCCUCAGGUUCUUCUUAAACCGGAAGGGGUCAAGUUUGUGUUAGGACCAACUCCUGUUCAGAAGCAGUUAAUGGAGAAGGAGAGGCUAGAGCAACUUGGAAGAGACCAAGCUAGCGGAAGUGGUGCAAAUGGCACGGAAUGGGACACUGGCUACGACAGUGACGAGCGGAGAGACGCACCGUCCGUGAACAAACUGGUGUAUGAAAAUAUAAACGGGCUAUCUAUCCCUAGUGCCUCAGGGGUCAGGAGAGGUCGUCUGACAUCUACCAGUACCUCAGAUACUCAGAACAUCAACAACUCAGCUCAGAGGAGAACCGCAUUGUUAAACUAUGAGAAUUUACCAUCUUUGCCCCCUGUCUGGGAAGCCCGCAAGCUAAGUAGGGACGACGAUGACAGUCUAGGACCAAAGACCCCAUCUCUAAACGGCUACCAUAACAAUCUAGAUCCCAUGCAUAACUAUGUUAAUACAGAGAAUGUAACUGUGCCAGCGAGUGCUCACAAAAUAGACUACUCAAGGCGUCGGGAUUGCACCCCGACCGUCUUUAACUUCGACAUCAGGCGCCCCAGCUUAGAGCACAAGCAACUCAAUUAUAUACAGGUGGAUCUGGAAGGUGGCAGCGACUCGGACAGCCCUCAGACUCCAAAAACCCCUUCCACCCCCCUCGCACAGACCCCUACCAGGCGCACAGAGCUGUACGCUGUGAUAGACAUCGAGAGAACCGCUGCCAUGUCCAGCUUGCAGAAGGCGCUCCCACGCGACGACGGGACCGCGAGGAAGACGAGGCACAACAGUACGGACCUGCCCAUGUGAGCCGGGACGGCUCUGUGCCCUUCACACCUUCCUGAAGUUUCUGCAAAUGAAGAUCAGUGCUCCCUCUCGUUCCUACACUAACCCUUUUCGAGACUGGCACGUCUUUUUCCGAUUGUCUCCUGUGCAUCUUUAAAGGGAAUUAAUGUGGAGCAGGCACUCCCUAGAGAACACUAACUUGGUUGUGCUCGCCUUUGUGUUGUGCAGCAGCAUUCCCUUUUUUCAGUGCCUAUUUAAAGCGAGAGUUGAAGGGGGUGACAUGCCCGUCGCUUUUGAUCCCAUAUCCAGGACAUGUGCAUAGCGUCCGCGUCUAAGUUGUGUUGGCAUCUAACCCUUCCCUAAAGUCUCUUGAUAACGUGCAUUGCUAACAUAACUCUAGGCUUUGAAGGUUGGACUCGUGCAUUCAGUGCUCAUGGCGUAUGGUUUCCAGCAUGGAACACGAGGAAUCUUAUUUCAGUAAUUAAAGGCUUUUUGACUUGGGCCAAAAAAAAGAAAAUCAAAAGAAACCCCACCUCCUCUGGCAGCGGUCAGCCCCUCUGCCCUCAGUGUUUCUAGGAUGUGGAUUGGAAGGCAGACAGGACCAAGUUCUGUUUACUCAUCUCAUGGUGUCAUUAGAAGGGCAUGUCCAGGUUCCUGACUCAGCAUGACCAUGGGUUAGGAAUCAGUCUCAGGUCACUAACCCAAAAACAUUUCAAGAAUCUGCACCAUGAUCUCUUGGUGUUUCUUUUCAAUAGAUUAUUCACAGCACAUUGUUUUCUGGAGACAUUUGUGCCAUUAAAUUCCCAUUUAGCUUCAAUUUUUGUGUUUCUUUUCCCCUUUGGUGUUUGGGUUGUCUUUGUUUUUGUAUUGUGUUUCUUAAUUUACAGUACAAUGUUUCGGUUUGUAUAUCGUUUUUGGAAUGGGAUUCUAUGUUUAUUGUUACUUAGUUUGCAGUUUUGUCAAGUUAUGGUCUUGAAGGUCUUUUUGGAACUGACUGUUAUUUUCUAACAGGGUUGCCCUUGUCCAGUAUUUAUUUAUCUGCUGUUUACUUUUCAAGUUGAUGAAAAACAUUGUUUCGAUUUUAAAUUUCA